UCCCUCUGCCACUGAGAGGCCUCCGGUUUGUGGAUUACUGGAUGGAGAUGUCUGACUCAGUCAAACCUCUGACCUCCUUCCUCAUAGACGACAUACUCUCCAUGAAGGACAGUGCAAGGCUCAAUGCUAAAUGCUGCUCACAGAAGAUGGAAAGAUGGAAAGAAGGAUCUGAUAAGUUGUCAGAGCAACUUUGCCCGCAGGAGACAGCAUUUGAUGUGCAGACAGAACCUCUGGACACAUCCUGUCCCACCACCAAAGAAUCCAGUAGCUUCUCCUCCACUGGGAAACAGAAGCGCUCCAGAGCUGCGUUCACACACCUCCAAGUGCUCGAACUGGAGAAGAAAUUUAACUACCAGAAAUACCUGUCAGCCCCAGAGAGGGCUCACCUGGCCAGCACCUUAAGACUAACUGAGACCCAGGUGAAAAUCUGGUUUCAGAACCGGAGGUACAAGACGAAACGAAAGCAGCAAACAUCAGAGUGCAAAGCUGAAGGACUGGGCCUGAGAGAAGACCUGGUCCGGUCAUCACUAAUGACCUCUUUCUGCAAAGCUUACCAGUACAGACCCUACCUGUGGGACUACAGUGGCCCUUGGGGGCCAACAUUAUGGUGAAACUGAAAUGAUGUGUGAAGCUAUGAUUUGUAAUCAUAAACUUAUGUUUGGUAUCCCUGAUAUUUAGGCUCUAUGUUCACUGCCAGAGUUGAUUCUUUGCUUUUUUUCAUGUUGAUUUUGAACCCAUGUGUUACAUUAACCAGUGUACCAUCUGAAAUGAUUUUGUUCAUACACACAUCCUGUAUUUUACUUUAAGAAAACAGAUGUUAUACAAUAUCAUACAUCUUGUGGUUAUGGACACAAUGUGGGUUUGCACAAUGAAGCAUUUGAUUACUGAUAUUGUGGAUAAAUUCAUAAUUAAAUGAAUGUUGACACAUUUUACUUUCCUUUAAAACUUUGUGUUAAAAGAAAAUACAGAAAAUACAUUACCUGACUGUAGUCACACUUUCAGCUAGUUUUCAGCAAACAGACCGGUAGCUCAGGUUGUCUAAAGUUGUUAAAUGAUAAUGGUGGCAUAUAAUCUGCAGAGGAAUACAACCUAUGUAUGCAACAACUAUUUGCAGUUCACUGUGUAAAUGGUAUGUGUAACACUAUAAUAUGGACAAUUUCAGUCUUGUACACUGGAGACAUUUAAACUAUAUAUGUGGAGUUAAAUUCUGAUAAUACUGUAAAGCUACACAGAAGAUAAGACGAGGCAGAGAUGAGGGCGAUAUUGUAAAUGAGGGCUAAAGAAUGAGAUCUGAUUUCUUUAAAGAGCCCCUGACCUGAUUACAAGCUCUUCAGCUUUCUGAAGGUGACAUCAUGAGGAGAGCUGUAUGAAACUAAGAAACUGCAUUUUGUUAUCUGAGACAUUUCAGAAUAUUUAGCUUAAGAUGACUCAGUGUGGCAAUCAAACAAUAAGUAUAUUGUAUGAAAAAACAAAAUCUGGGGGAAGCAGUGAAAAGUAGGAUACCACAGAGAGAAACAUACCUGACUAAAACUAAGUAAGCAGUAUUGUCAUACAUCAGAGUAACCACUUCACCAUCCUGACCUCCAGGUGAUAACACAUCUUGACAUUAAAUGUAAGUUUUAAGGCCGUUAAAGUGUAUCUGCGGACGGACUGCGUUGUCUUAAACAUCAGGUUCAAUCAGAAGAUGCCAGUUUUGCUCGUACUACUGAGGCAUAGAGCUGAUUGUGAAGUGAUUAUUGUCAUAACAAAACCUGUUUGUUAACAUGAUUACCACUGUGGGACACU